UGAGUUUGGUGGAUGCAAGCCCUGGGUACGAGAUUGGGUUCAGCUGUUAGUGGGAGGGUGCACAGCUGUAAAUAAUUUGUCCCGUUUGUGCACCAGUUUCUGUACCAAAUUUCACCUUUUCGUGCCAAACUGUGAACAAUCUGCAAUGGACGGGGACUGUGACACUAUAGCGGACCUCUGUAUGCAGCGGUUUGGGAAGAAAAAGCCUCACCGGGCUUGCUUAGUCCUGGCUCGGGGAGGAAGCAAGGGGAUCCCGCUGAAGAACAUCAAGCCUCUCGCGGGCACGCCGCUGGUGGGAUGGGUCCUCCGGGCCGCUAUAGACUCCGAGGUGUUCGACAGUGUGUGGGUGUCGACUGACCAUGAUGAGAUAGCCGCCGUGUCGCGUGAGUUCGGAGCACAGGUGCACAGACGGAGCCCGGAGGUCUCCCGUGAUGCGUCCACUUCCCUGGAGACAAUACAGGAGUUCAUCAGGGAACAUCCAGAGGUGGACAUCUUUGGUAACGUCCAGGCCACGGCACCGUGUGUCCACCCUUUCCACCUGCGGAAGGCCAUGAAGGCGAUGACUGAGGACGGGUUUGACUCCCUGUUUGCAGUGGUGAGAAGGCAUGCUUUCAGAUGGAAGGAAGUCAAAGAAGGGGAGGUGACAGAACCCUUGAACUUGAACCCUGCUAAGAGACCUCGCAGACAGGACUGGGACGGUGAACUUAUCGAGAACGGAUCCUUCUACUUCUCUACUAAAGACCUGGUGCAGAAAGGCUUACUACAGGGUGGGAGGGUAGGCUAUCUGGAGAUGGCAGCUGAGUACAGUGUGGACAUCGACAUCGACAUUGAUUGGCCAAUCGCGGAGCAGCGAGUCCUGCGGUUUGGCUACUUUGGUAAAGAAAAGAGGCAGGCACCAUGUCUGAUGGUGGUGAGUGCUGAAGGUGCGCUGACCGAGGCUCAGGUCCAUCUCUCACCAACUGGCGAGGAAUUCCGCUCCUUCAACGUCCACGACAUCAACGGUAUGAGACAGCUGGCCAGUCGGGGUGUGGAGGUGAGAAUCAUCUCAGAAGAUGAGAGUGAGGUUCACCGUCAACUGGCAGCCAAGAUUGGCUGUAAGCUAGAGGAAGGCUGCAUGGACAAGCUGGCAGUUGUUGACUCCUGGAGGAAGGAUCUGGGUCUGGACUGGCUACAGGUGGCAUAUAUAGGGAGUGAUGCCAGUGACUCGGAGUGUAUCAAGAAGGCAGGGGUGAACGGCUGUCCAAUGGAUGCUCAGCAUCCUGCCAAGAACUACUCACGAUUCGUCUCCAAGCGGCGCGGUGGUCAGGGGGCCAUCCGAGAGUUCUGUCAGCAUGUGGAAAUUACCAUUGAGAAAGCAAAUAAUGAAAAUAAGCCAAGACCAGAAUAGACGACGUUCUCUCAAAGGCAUCCAGUGCAGUUUUUAGGGCUUGGAAACCUGAUUUUUCAAAGUCAAUAUUCUAGUCACUUAUCUACAUACUGAGUUGAAACCACCCUAUCCCAAUGUAUAUUGACCAUCAUGGAACAAAUUCCCAAACUUCUGACAAAAAAUUGUUACUGGAAGGGCCCUGGGCUGAUAUUUUAGGGUACCUCCCCUAAAAUAAAGGACUCACAUUGGGGCUUGUUUCUGCAGUUUUAUAUUCCCAAAGUAUGAAAUACUGGUUGAAAUGUGCUAAUGUGAAGCAGUAUUUUGUGUCAAUAUCAUAAAUAUUUCCAGUUUUGCUGAAAUUGCAUUGGAUGCCUAUAAAUUUGUAGCUAGCCUUAACAAAAAGAAAGGUAGUGUUCUUCUCAAGUUGAUUGUGAAGUUCCCAGUAAAUGUUGCUAGUCACCAUUUGCAAUUGAACACUGCUGUAUGAAAAGAAAACUUAAGGUAGUGUUCUUCUCAAAUUGAUUCUGCAGUUCCCAGUAAAUGUUCUUGUAACUCUCAUGUUUCAGCUUGAAAUACCACCUGUAUUAUGAACUACUAGACUAGUGUGGGUAAAAUUGAACAGUGCUAAUGUCUUACCAAAUGACCUAUGCCUUAGCACUAGUCCAUGUAUUGGGUUCAUAAGUCUACACAUUACUACCUGUAAGAUGCAUAAGAAAGAAUUGAAAAAUGAUUGCACUACUACAUGUAGUGUAGUGCAGAUUCUGUACAGAUGACAAGACCUACAAUGGUGCAAAGUCCACAUUUCAUAAUUGGACUAAAGGGGAAAGAAUUUGAGUAUUGAAGGAAGAAUCUGUCUAGUGCAGGUAGUUUUGACUAUUACUAUUUUGACAGUACUGGUAUAUAGAAAAAUGUAUAAAUUUGUGAAUUUA